AUUACGAAUUACAUUGAAAUUGCAAAAACAUCAGCAAGAAUUGUGGAGAUACUCCACACUCCACAGGCAAAGCCAAUCCAUUGAAUCCUCCCUUGCUGAUCAUCUUUCUUUCUGUUCAUUGCUCUACUCCAAACCCAAACCUAAUCUUCACAACUUUCCAUGAAUUCCACAAUUUACAACCCAAACAGGACCUUCAAUUUCUCACCUCAACCCCCAUUAAUUCUCUCAAAACCAUUUACAUCAUGCAAAACACCCAGAGACUUGAAGCAACUCCACGCCAUUUUCAUCAAAACCGGUCAAAUUCAAGACCCUCUCACGGCUGCUGAAGUUAUUAAAUUCUGUGCAUUUUCAUCCCGCGAUAUCGACUAUGCCCGCGCCGUGUUCCGCCAGAUGCCGGAGCCCAAUUGCUUCUGUUGGAACACCAUUUUGAGAGUUCUUGCUGAGACCAACGACGAACAUCUCCAAUCGGAGGCCUUGAUGCUCUUUUCCGCAAUGUUGUGCGAUGGGCGUGUGAAGCCCAAUCGGUUCACUUUCCCUUCCGUGUUGAAGGCCUGCGCUAGAGCUUCGAGGCUUCGAGAGGGGAAACAGAUACAUGGGUUGAUUGUGAAGUUUGGAUUUCAUGAGGAUGAGUUUGUAAUUAGUAAUCUCGUUCGGAUGUAUGUUAUGUGUGCGGUCAUGGAAGAUGCGUAUUCUCUGUUUUGUAAGAAUGUUGUUGAUUUUGAUGGGUCUUGUCAAAUGGAGUUAGAUAAGAGGAAACAAGAUGGUAAUGUUGUUCUGUGGAAUAUAAUGAUUGAUGGGCAGGUUAGACUUGGGGAUAUAAAGAGUGCUAAAAACUUGUUCGACGAAAUGCCUCAAAGAAGUGUAGUGUCGUGGAAUGUGAUGAUCUCGGGGUAUGCACAAAAUGGGCACUUCAUAGAAGCCAUAAACUUGUUUCAAGAAAUGCAAAGUUCCAAUAUUGAUCCAAACUACGUGACGUUAGUGAGUGUUUUGCCCGCCAUUGCACGAAUUGGUGCACUAGAAUUGGGGAAAUGGAUCCAUUUAUAUGCGGGAAAGAAUAAGAUUGAGAUUGAUGAUGUGCUUGGUUCUGCUCUGGUGGACAUGUAUUCCAAAUGUGGUAGCAUUGAUGAGGCACUCCAGGUCUUUGAGACGCUGCCUAAGAGAAAUGCCAUUACUUGGAGUGCCAUAAUUGGUGCAUUUGCUAUGCACGGUCGCGCAGAGGAUGCAAUCAUUCACUUCCAUUUGAUGGGAAAAGCUGGUGUGACGCCCAAUGAUGUUGCUUAUAUUGGAAUUUUGAGUGCCUGCAGUCAUGCAGGGCUUGUGGAAGAGGGUAGAUCAUUCUUUAGCCACAUGGUUAAGGUGGUUGGGCUACAACCAAGAAUUGAACACUAUGGAUGCAUGGUCGAUUUACUAGGCCGUGCUGGGCAUCUGGAAGAGGCUGAGGAACUUAUCAGAAACAUGCCAAUCGAACCAGAUGAUGUAAUAUGGAAAGCUUUGCUCGGUGCUUGUAAAAUGCACAAGAACCUAAAAAUGGGUGAGCGUGUAGCUGAGACUUUAAUGGAGUUGGCUCCUCACGACAGUGGAUCCUAUGUUGCUCUGUCAAAUUUGUAUGCUUCUUUGGGAAACUGGGAGGCGGUUGCAAGGGUGAGGUUGAAGAUGAAAGGGAUGGACAUUAGAAAAGACCCUGGAUGUAGUUGGAUUGAGAUCCAUGGAAUAAUCCAUGAGUUUCUUGUAGAAGACGAUUCACAUUCUAAAGCUAAAGAAAUCCAGGCCAUGUUGGGAGAAAUGUCCAUGAAGUUAAGGUCGAAUGGCUACAGACCAAACACCUUAGAAGUGUUUCUCAAUACAGAUGAACAAGAGAGGGCAAGGGCCUUGCAAUAUCAUAGUGAGAAGAUUGCAGUUGCCUUUGGACUAAUCAGUACAGCCCCACAACAUCCACUUAAGAUUGUUAAGAACCUACGUAUAUGUGAAGACUGUCAUGCUUCACUAAAACUUAUUUCCUUGAUUUACAAGCGUCAAAUCAUUGUGCGAGACCGAAAGCGAUUCCAUCAGUUUGAACACGGGUCAUGCUCAUGCAUGGAUUAUUGGUAACUUCUGAGUCAUGGCCGUUGUCUUUGCACAGAACUGUGAAGAUUUAGUAGUCAUUGUGAAGAUUAUAAGGAAAACUCGGCUCGUUUUUGCCCUGUCAUUUGUCUCAUGGAAUGAUUUAUUUAUUUACUUGAGGCAGUCAGGAGAUCGCUUUACAAAUAGAAGAUUUGUUGAUCAAAACUCUUCCCUGAAUUGCAUCAGUGAUUACUUACAUUAUAUAAUAGCUGGGAUGUGAGUCAGCUUUAUACUAAUGUCUCGCCCCAACUAAUCAUCAAAGAAAAUUUGUUGUGCUUACUUGAUACUACACUAUCUCUGCAAGAGAUGGAUUAGCUGAAGUGUUUUUUCAAGGCUGAAAACCAAGGCAAAAGAUGUCUUCAUGGGGUUGGGGAGAAACUGUAUUUUUCUCUGAAACUAUUAGCUAGGAAUUGUUGCUUAAUGAGGACUAAAUCAGCUCACCCUCCGGAAGUCAAUUCCAGGAGCUAAUGAGGAUUUUUUCAAUAGACCACCCAAGGAGUUCAGUGAUCUUAAUUUUAAAUUCAGAUAUGCUCAGAAUCUAGAUAGUCAAUUUCUUUCCAACUGUUGCAUCACAUGUUUACUAGAAAAAUAUGCUUUUAAAAGUCAGCCUCAUUGGAAAAUUAUUUGUUUUUGCUUCAUGUUGUUGAUCAUCGCUGAAUUACUUCCUGUGCAUGUUAUUCCUUAACACUUUUCUUUGAGUACUGAUAAUUCUGCAUCAAUGCCAAUCUCAUCAAAUAGGUAAUGAGGAUGCUUCCACCAUGCUGAACAAAAUCUAUCAAAAGAAAAAUCGUGUUGUUGAUUCUGAAAUGAAGGGAAGCACAAAACCUGUGGGAAACACUUUUUAGGUGAAGGGAAAGCAACAAGCAUGAAGUUUUGACAUCAUUAUUCAGGAAAAGCACUGGAGCAAGAUUUGGUUGGGAGCUUAGACGAGAUUGUGUUUGGUAACACAUCAACAAAAGCCAUCAAGUUGGAUGGAUGAAGUCAAUAUAGUUGGGAUAUGACACGGCCCAAGUAAAUGCUUACCAGGAUUGAAUUUCUUGUUUCUAUUUACUUCAAUGAAUUGAUAGCAGCAGGAAGAGCACAUACAAGCUUUGGUUUGAACUUUGGGUAAACAAUUUCCAAUUGUUCUAAAACUUUUGGUGCCAAAUAAUCCAUGUUCAAAUUUAUGGAUACAUGGGUGUCCUAUAUGUCAACAGCAAUUCCAGCAUCAAGCAAAAUCGAGGGAUAAUCUAAUGGAGGAAUCAUGAUGAAGGUUAACCUUUUAUGGGAGUUUGAGAAAAGGAGGUGGGAGAAGUCAAUCUCUCUGACUAAGAGAGACUAUGUGAAAAUUCCAUGUUGUUAUCAAUGAGGCAUAUAUUUUGGAGGUUCGAUUCACUCACGUUGUACUCAACAAGGUUAUUUGUGAUUUGCAAGCAUUAUUAUGAUAUUCUCGGUUAAACUAGUUGAGCAAGAUGUGCUUUCAGAUAUUUUACAUAUAACAAUUAUGAACAAAUAUGUCAAAUAUUAAUUUUUUUUAAGUAUAAUAAAGGCAGGAAAAUUUAAAUCA